AGAGAGCCAGCUGCUUAAUGAACCCUGGGAAUCUGCAGGCUACAGGGGAUAGAGCAGAUCCCAGCACUAAGGAAAAAACCUGUAAAGUGCAUUCAGACAGCUGAUGAUAAUGGAUGUGGGAGAUGAUGGUGCCAUCAAGGAAAAAGCGCACAUUUUAAUUGAGGAUGUAAUCAGGGAUGCAAAAGAGUAUCUGCGAGAUUUGCAAGAAAAAAAGAGAGAAGCUGAGUACAUCAUCCAAAACAUUCAGUGGACCUCAUGCAAGGACUUUACAGUGGAGAGAGGACAGCAGCAAAUUGAGGAAUACAUGUCACAGACGUGGGAGUUUCAUGAAAGCUGGCUUCACUGGUCAGACUACCUCCAGGAAGAAGAACUGAAGUACAGCAGGAGGUACCAUUACCGGGUUCGCUGGAGCAUCCCAACAUGUAGGAAGCCCAUUCCACGAGCAACAGCAUGCAUUUAUUUCAUCAUCGAGAUCUCCAAAAUUAAACCACCUACCUUGCCGGUUGAGGUAUUCUUCAUUUUGGAGUCAAAUAGACUCAUUCACAGACCAGGACAGUGUCGGUUUAGAGAAAAGUGGCUCAAAGACAUCAUUGAAAACAAGAGGAUUCUCAUGGACAGCAUAACUUUCUAAAUAAACAUUUGCAUCAGAUUAAAUCCAAUUCAAACAUGCACCCUCAAGCUGUUGGCGUUGUAUGGAAAUAAACUGCAAUAGGCUUU